AUGCAGAGCAAGAUCACCGCCCUUCUCGCCUGGGGCGGUCUGUUGGGCCUGUCUCAGGCCGCAUGCCCCUUUGCCGACCCGGCCGCACUCCAGAGGAGAGAUGAUGCUCCGCCGGCUGACAUUCUCGAAAAGUACAAGGUGGAUGACAGCAAAGGCUACAUGUCAUCUGAUGUCGGCGGUCCCAUCGGGGAUCAGGCCAGCCUCAGAGCCGGCGGCAGAGGUCCAACCCUGCUCGAGGACUUCAUUUUCCGCCAGAAGAUCCAGCAUUUCGAUCAUGAGCGGGUUCCCGAACGAGCUGUCCACGCGCGCGGUGCCGGAGCUCAUGGAACUUUCACUAGCUAUGCCGACUGGAGCAACCUCACGGCGGCGUCGUUCCUGAGCUCGGCCGGCAAGAAGACGCCGGUCUUCGUCCGCUUCUCUACCGUCGCCGGAUCCAGGGGCAGCGCCGAUACCGCGCGAGACGUCCACGGCUUCGCGACUCGAUUUUACACCGAUGAAGGCAACUUUGACAUUGUCGGAAACAACAUUCCCGUCUUCUUCAUCCAGGAUGCUAUCCAGUUCCCUGACCUCAUCCACGCCGUUAAGCCGCGGCCAGACAACGAGAUCCCUCAAGCGGCCACCGCCCACGACUCGGCAUGGGACUUCUUCAGCUCGCAGCCCAGCACGUUGCACACGCUGUUCUGGGCCAUGGCUGGCAACGGCAUCCCCCGCAGCUACCGUCACAUGGAUGGCUUCGGCAUCCACACGUUCCGCCUCGUGAAGGAAGAUGGCUCGUCCAAGCUCGUCAAGUGGCACUGGAAGACUCGUCAGGGGAAGGCCAGCCUUGUCUGGGAGGAGGCUCAGGCGGUGGCCGGAAAGAACGCCGACUUCCACCGUCAGGAUCUCUGGGACGCGAUCGAGUCCGGCAACGGCCCCGAGUGGGAGCUCGGCGUCCAGGUGGUGGACGAGGACAAGGCGCUGGCUUUCGGCUUUGACCUGCUGGACCCGACCAAGAUCAUCCCCGAGGAGCUCGUUCCCAUCACGCCGCUGGGCCUCAUGAAGCUGGAUCGCAACCCGACCAACUACUUUGCCGAGACGGAGCAGAUCAUGUUCCAGCCCGGCCACGUUGUGCGCGGCAUCGACUUCUCCGAGGAUCCUCUGCUGCAGGGCCGCCUCUUCUCCUACCUCGACACCCAGCUGAACCGCAACGGCGGCCCCAACUUUGAGCAGCUGCCCAUCAACAUGCCGCGUGCCCCCAUCCACAACAACAACCGCGACGGCGCUGGGCAGACCUUUAUUCACACCAACAUCUAUCCCUACUCUCCCAACACGCUGAACAAGGGCUACCCCCUGCAAGCCAACCAGACCAGCGGCCGCGGGUUCUUCACGGCGCCGGGCCGGCGUGUCACGGGCGAGCUCCUCCGGGAGCUCUCGCCCACGUUCAACGACCACUGGUCGCAGCCGCGCCUCUUCUACAACUCGCUCAAGCCGGUGGAGCAGCAGUUCCUGAUCAACGCGAUCCGGUUCGAGACGAGCCACAUCCGGUCGACGACGGUCAAGCAGAACGUGCUGGCGCAGCUCAACCGGGUCAGCCACGACGUGGCGGUGCGGGUGGCGGCGGCGCUGGGGCUGGAGGCGCCGGCGCCGGACGACACGUACUACCACGACAACAAGACGGCGGGCCUGUCCAUCUUCGGCGAGCCGUUGCCGACCAUCAAGACGCUGCGGGUGGGCGUGCUGGCGAGCGUGCAGAAGAACAGCAGCGCGCUGGCGCAGGCCGGCCGGCUCAAGGCGGCGCUCGAGAAGGACGGGCUCGUGGUGACGGUCGUGGGCGAGUCGCUGGCCGAGGGCGUCGACCAGACCUACUCGGCCGCCGACGCGACCGCGUUCGACGCGGUCAUCGUGGCCGAGGGCGCCGAGCGUCUGUUCGCCGCCGCCGCGGCCUCGUCCCCGCUCUUCCCGGCCGGGCGCCCCGGCCAGAUCCUGCUCGACGCCUACCGCUGGGGCAAGCCCGUCGGUGUGAUCGGCAAGGCCGAGGGCGCCUACAAGAGCGCGGGCGUGCCGGUCGGCGGCAAGGGCGUGUACACCGCCGCCGGGGUGGACGCGAUCGUCAAGGAUCUCGAGGAGGGUCUGAAGACAUUUAGGUUUACGGACCGGUUCCCGCUUGACAACUAAAUCUUGGAGUAAUUCUACUCCCAUUUAAUAAUAGGUAAUGGUUUAUGAUGUGAUGAGAUGAAAAAGGGGGAGUAGGGGGAAGUAGGGGGGGUAGAAGAUGAGGCGGCUCGAAGAUACCUAUUGUGUCAGUCAUGGUUUCGAGAGAGAUCACAACUGAAUCAAUAGAAACACGCAGUUUCAAGGAU